AUGGCUGAAAGCAAUACAGUCACGUCAAAAGAAUCCGAUAAUGAGCUUAUUCUAGUCAAAGAUCGUUACAAAUCAAUCAAAGUCCUAGGCCGUGGCAGUUAUGGCGAAGUCUGGCUUGUUUCUCCACUCGAAUCAAGUGUUGGUAGUAAGAGUAAGCCUCGUCGAUGUGUACUUAAACGUGUUGGCGUCGCUCGUUCGAAUGAUGAAAAAAACGAACUCGCUGCUGCUGAACGCGAAGCACAACUGUUGUCUUCUCUCAAACAUCCGAAUAUUGUGUCGUAUAUUGAAUCAUUUCGUUCACGCGAUCGUUAUCUGAAUAUUGUCAUGGCAUUCUGUGAAGGCGGUGAUCUCUAUACAAAAUUGAAAUAUCGGAAAAAACAAUUGCUAGAUGAAGCACAAAUUAUCGAAUGGUUUAUUCAAAUAACACUGGCACUGCAAUACAUGCAUGAGCGAUCGAUAUUACAUCGGGAUUUGAAAACGCAAAACAUCUUUUUAACCAAGCUCGAAAUUGUCAAAGUCGGCGACUUAGGUAUUGCAAAAAUACUCGAUAAUAAUGGAGCAGAUUUAGCUACAACUGUUAUCGGCACACCAUAUUACAUGAGUCCAGAAAUCUUUUCCAAUCAACCCUAUGGUCAGAAAUCAGAUAUAUGGGCGCUCGGUUGUUGCGUUUACGAAAUGGCAACAUUAGAACAUGCUUUCAAAGCAGGUGAUAUCAGUUCACUUGUAUUGAAAGUAGUUCGAGGGCAAACGCCACCAUUGCCAUCUGCUGAUGUUUAUAGUCAAGCUUUACUUGACUUAAUUAAUCUUAUGCUAGAUAAGAAUGCAGCUAAUCGACCAAGUGCGAAACAAAUCUUACAACAUCCAUACAUCAAACAACAUAUCGUCACAUUGUACAAUAAAACACGAGAACGUUGUCAGCCAUAUAUAACAAAGCCGUCGUCUCAAUCGUCCUUACUGGGUAAUUCAUCGCAAGCUAAUGAUGACCGUCAUCAAUCGGUACCACCUGAACCUAAGCCACGUGCUUCACAUCUAGCUUCUUUGGAAGAGAAUUCUAACGAAAAGGCGAAAUCACCACUUCCAGCAUUGAGUCAAUCACGGGUUCGACGUUUAAAGCAAAAAGGAGUUGCUACCAACGACGAACCACCGAAAUCUCCGCUACUUCCACCAUCAGCAGUUGCCAUUACAGUCGAUGACGAAGAAAAGUCACCAAAAUUGAUCAAUAACGCAUUUAUAGCAAAGAUACGAGAAAAUGAUACGCUCGCACGCUUCAAACGAGUUUCUUCAUCGCCCGGUGACGGACAAUCCAUCGAUGACAAUAGUAUACCUCGUACACAUCUCAGUGCUCGUGAACGACGCCGUGAACAACGUUGUACUUCAGCAUCGAGUACACAUGAUGAGGAGAAUGUUCAACCUAAAACUCCGCCAGUCUACGAUCGUUCCAUAUCAAACGAUAGCCAAAUUGAUAUUGUCGAACAAGAACGUAAUGCAAAACGAGAUAUUAAUGAUUUUCUGAGUCAAUUGGAUGCAACUAUACGUCAACCAGCUAUGCCUUCUGUGUCAGCAUCUGUCGUGUCUUCUUCGGCUGAGGUUCCUUCGAUGUUCGAUCGGACAAUGAUGUUAACAAGUAAACUAGAAGAAAGACGUGAUGCACUUAGAGAAAACUGUUUAAAAGAAAUGUCGUCGAAACAAUUAAAACAAGUCCUCGACAUCUUAGACCAUGUCAGUGAUACGGAGAUUAAACAACGAAUGAUCGAAAUCUUAGGAGAAGAUAUCUACGAAAAAUAUUGUGCACAAAUUUACUCAUUAAAGUUUCACGAAAAUUCAAUAUUCAUACGACAAUAA